AAACAAUUCGCGUUGCUACGGCACCGAAACAACAAUUUUAUUUGUGCAAAAACCAAAAAAAUACGAAUAGUCUUUAAGGGUUAUAUUUUAAGUUGAACCGUGUUAGAAAGAACAAGCAAAAACGUGACGAAUGACCUCCCGCCAAGGAAUCCUUUUUCCUUUGACAUCCUUGUACGUCGGCGAUCUUCACCCAGAUGUUACCGAAGCCCUCCUCUACGAAAAAUUCUCCCCAGCGGGCCAAAUCCUCUCCUUACGGGUAUGCCGCGACUCCCGGACCAAGCAGUCCCUGGGGUACGCCUACGUCAACUUCAGUCAGACAGGGGAAGCGGAAAGGGUCCUAGACACCAUGAACUUCGACCUCCUCAAAGGCAAGCCCAUCAGGAUCAUGUGGAGCCAGCGCGACCCUUCUCUGCGCAAGUCCGGGAUCGGGAACGUCUUCAUCAAGAACCUGGACAAGAGCAUCGAUAACAAAGCGAUGUAUGACACGUUCUCGGCGUUCGGGAACAUCCUGUCGUGUAAGGUGGCCACCGACGAGGACGGACUGUCCAAAGGGCACGGGUUUGUCCACUUCGAAAACCUGGAAGCCGCGAAUAAAGCCAUCGAGAAGGUCAACGGGAUGCUCCUCAACGGGAAGAAAGUGUACGUGGGCAAGUUCAUCCCGAGGAGCGAACGCGAGAAAGAAAUCGGCGAAAAAGCGAAGAAAUACACCAACGUGUACGUGAAGAACUUCGGCCGAACACUCACUCAAGAGCAGCUGUUUGAAAUGUUCAAGAAAUUCGGCAAGGUCACGUCGUGCGUGGUGAUGAAGAACUCCGACGGCAGCUCGAAAGGGUUUGGAUUUAUAGCUUUCGAUGACCCCCAAGCCGCUGAAAAAGCCGUCGUGGAGAUGAAUAACUUCGAAUUAAACGGGUCUAAUCUCUACGUCGGUCGUGCUCAGAAGAAGUCCGAACGUGCCAAAGAACUGAAGAAAUGUUACGAGCAAAUGAAGCUCGAGCGGUAUAAUCGUAUCCAAGGGGCCAACGUUUACAUUAAGAAUUUGGACGACUCCUUCGACAACGAGCGUCUGCGUAAGGAGUUCUCGCCUUUUGGUAAUAUUACUUCGGCGAAGGUUAUGAUGGAGGCGGGGCGAAGCAAGGGGUUCGGUUUCGUCUGCUACACCACUCCAGAGGAGGCGGCUAAAGCCAUUUCCGAGAUGGACGGGCGCAUGAUUGGUAACAAACCCAUUUAUGUGGCGCUCGCGCAGCGGUACGAAGACCGGAGGGCGUACCUCAGUGCGCAGUGCAUGCAGCGCAUUCGUCACCAAACACUGUCGCCGCCUUUGACCACGCCCCAGUUUCUCAUUCCGACCAUUCCGCAAGGGCCGCGGUUCUACAAUCACAUGGCGCAGAUACGCCCCACGCCGCGUUGGACCACUCAGAACUUGCCACGGCUAAAUGGGACGUACAAUUUGCCCAUUCUCCCGGCCACUGCGUACAGGUCGACGUCCAGGCCCGCCAUUCAGGUUAACAAUGCGAGGAAUAACGUGCACGCGAGACCCAUCACGGGUCAGCAAGUGCCCAUUUCCCGACCCAAUAGUAAGUAUACGGCGAACACCCCCAUGGUACGACCGGUUAACGUUUCGGUGGGUAAUGGGGGGGAUUCGAGCACCGAAAGCGUCUGCAAUUCUGAAGAUAAGAGGAUGUUGGGGGAGAGAAUGUACCGAGUGAUCGAAAAAACGUAUCCUGAGAUUGCUGGCAAAAUAACAGGGAUGCUUUUAGAGAUCGACAUCAGUGAGUUGAAGGCUCUGGUGAACAAUCAGGACUCGUUGAAGGCUAAAGUGGAGGAGGCGGUGGCGGUCUUGCAGGCCCAUCAAGCCAACAAAAGGCUAACAGUGCAAGAUUAAGUAGAUUUACAAGUUUUAAUUUAUUUAAAUUUUUAAAAAAAGUUCGCUGAGGAUUUAUCUUAUGUAUUAAGUGUUGCUAGAAUUAAAAUUUUGAAAUGUU